GCGGGGGCGGAGCUCCGUCGGGGCGGGCUCCGGGCCAGCUAGUUGACGCCGGCGGGCAGCUCGGGAUCCGACCCCGGGGGAGAUGGAGCCGGGCGGCGUGGCUGACUCACUCCUUUCCGGGGCUUGCGUGCUCUUCACCCUCGCCAUGUACUCCACCGGCCUCUCGGACCUCAGGCACAUGCGGAUGACCCGUAGCGUGGACAAUGUCCAGUUCCUGCCCUUUCUCACUACGGACAUCAACAACCUGAGUUGGCUGAGUUACGGGGCCUUGAAGGGUGACGGGAUCCUGAUCUUCGUGAACGCCACGGGUGCUGUGCUUCAGACCCUGUAUAUCUUGGUGUAUGUGCACUACUGCCCUCGGAAGCGGCCGGUGCUCCUUCAGACUGCAACCCUGGUGGGGGUCCUUCUCCUAGGCUUUGGCUACUUUUGGCUCCUGGUGCCCAACCUGGAGACCCAGCUUCAGCAGCUGGGCCUCUUCUGCAGUGGCUUCACCAUCAGUAUGUACCUCUCACCACUGGCUGACUUGGCCAAGAUCAUUCAGAUGAAAUCAACCCAGCGUCUCUCAUUCCCACUCACCAUUGCCACCCUCCUCACCUCUGCCUCCUGGACCCUCUAUGGGUUUCAGCUGGGCGAUCCCUACAUCAUGGUGCCCAACCUACCAGGGAUCCUCACCAGCCUUGUUCGCCUCUGGCUUUUCUGGAAGUACUCGCAGGGGCCAGACAGGAACUAUCAGCUCCUGCAAACCUGAGACAGUUCACCUGACCACUGCUCAUCUUCAUGCCAACCUGCUACCAAAGAGAGCUCUGUGUCUCAGCAGUCUGCUGACCAGCUCCAUGAGUGCAGUGGGUUGUGGGAAAGAAAAACUAACAACUAACACUGAGACUCGAGGGACCAAAGAAAGUGUUUUGCUUGGAAGAUUGGCUGAGACUUGGGAAAUGAAUCACUUAUUUUUUAUAGAUUAUAUUUUUUAAUUGUGGAGGUUGGGGUGAAAUCUUCAGAGUGUGCCUUAAAAUAAAUUGUUGCCUACCCCUGCC